AGAAAUUACAUAAGAUAACACAAAAACUAUCUUCCACAAACGUAAAUGAUCAAGAUAAGGACGACUCCGACAACGAUGUGUAAGUAAAACAUUACAUACUAAACAUACUUUAAAUCAUUUAAAAUUAUAAAAACUAUACUUUUUUUUAGUAUUAUGGAACCUGCUGAUGAGCACACAAGAAUCGCGGCCCUGGAGACCGCACUGAAUAAACUAUUGGAAAAAUUAAACAAACCAUCGAGACUGCAAACCCCACCACAAGAGGUACAACCGAGUGGGUCGUCCCCACAGCAACGGAACGAGCUACCCGGCGAGCCGAACCCACAGCCAGAAACAGAGACACAGCCAUCGAACGAAGAAUCGACUGGAUCGAGCCCACAGUCGCAGGACCAAUUACAAGUGCGGAAUGAAAAUAUACCGCGACGCUGGGAAAAGAGUCGCGACAGCAAAAAACGCAAAUUUAAUGAAUGGCGUGUACGAGGUGGACAAGGCGGACGCGGCGGACGCGGCGGACGAGGUGGACGAGGCAGAGGGUUAUCCAAAUACUUUUAUUUUAACAUUCAUUAAUAUUAUUAAGACGCGUUCCGAUAUCCGCUGCCAAUACUGAAAAUCUAUAGUUUACGUCACAUGUACUGUAGAUUUUCAGUACUGAUAGCAAAUAUCGGAACGCAGUUUAAGUUCGUAUAAU